UUAAAGUGACGCAGUGGUCUGCUUCAUGCGAGCGGCCAUCAUUUGAACGUAAUUCAUUGGCGGACAAACAUUUGUUAAUAAAUUUGCGAUUUGACAGCAAAACAUUUGAAUGACAGCAUGUCGGAAGAUUCGCGUCAUGAACACAUUGUGUCAAAUGUGGAGAAACUGGUCGAGUGUCUAACCGGCGACACCGUGACCGAGAAGCAGCGACGCUCGCUGGAGCAGCAGGCACUGCACAAGAUACGCCAUCAUCGCUACUUGAGCGUCAAUAGUCAUGCGGUGCGUCGUGCCAUCGAUACAAUGAUCGACCGCUUUCGCUUCGAGGGCAUGACGGAGCAGGCGGACGCAGUGCAAACGCUCAGCACUGAAAUCAUCGAACACGCCGGUUGGGAAUCGCAUUAUGUGGUCGAUGUGCAGUACUCGUUGCUCGAAUUUCUGUUCAGCAUGACCAAUAGCCCGGUGCAGAAUGUGCGUCGUAAUCUGCUUGCCAUCAAUGAGCGCAUUCUAUCGAUACGAAAUGAACUUGCUGUGGCCGCUGAAAUGUUGCCACUGCAGCAAUCUGCAACAACAACCACAACAGCCGCAGCCAGCGGCGAUGAUUGGGUGGCGCUGCUCAGCGAGGACUUCAUACCCAAUCCCAGUGAUGGCCAGGAAAGCGACAGCAGUCUGAGCGAUUGGUCCGAUGUAGAUGACUACGAGACUGCCGCUAGCAACGACAAUGAAUCCGUCUUCCUCCCGUCUAACUAUGGCGCCGAUCAAUGCUUAACAACGUCGCAGGACGAGACAUAUCACAGCAUAAUGCCAAACUUGCAGGCAUUACAGCCACCCAAGGCACAGACAGUUUACACGCCCGCCAAAUACGAGGAAGAUCAUUUACGCACAGUCGUGCACUCGAAUUGGUGGCAAGAGGAUUCGCAGUUUCAUGCUCUGACACCGAACGAUGAUCCAUGCUCGAACUUUGCCAUUGCCUAUGUGCAGCAUUUGAAUCGAGACUCGCGGUUGUUGAUUAAAGAGCCGGUGCCCAAAACGACAAGCGAGAGUUGUUUGGUGCGUGAGAUUAUACUGAUGUUUUUUAAGCCUGCCAGUUGUGGUUACUUUGAGCUGCAUGCUGCCGAGCAGCAGAUUAGCGUGCGUAAAAACAUCACCGUCAGUAGCAUGAGCAGCGAGACGUUGCGAUGCGUGCUUGAGACCGAAGUGCUGCCGGCCAUGGUGGCCAAAUAUCAGCUGCAUUGUCUUAUACACGAGUUAACCUACGUGAAGCUGGGACCGGGCACUUUGACCUGCUUUGCCUGGGGUAUCCACGAUCUGCUGCAGCCCAUCAACAGUCAGUUGAUUGAGUUUGAGCGACGUUUGAUUGAUCAGGCUGCUGGCAAAUUGGCUGCUGACGAUGCAGCAGGCGGCACCACAUUGAUUGCGUUUUUGCGCUACAUGGAUACAUCGUUUAAGCGUCUGCUGGUGCUCAAAGCACUCGCCAACGAGGCAGUUGUGGACAAGACAGCGCCGGCGCAUGUGCAAAGUGUGCGAUUGCUGUGCGCGCUUUACGAGCGCACGCUCUACAUUAGCAGCCAGCAGCAGUUGGCCAUUGCAUUGUUGCUGGUAUCGCUGCAGAGUUACAGUCACAUCAUGGACAAUUGGUGGCUGAUGGCGCAAUUGGAUGACAGGCAUUGCGAGUACAUUGUUGACUGUUUGCCUGUGGCUUGCGCCGACUACGGACAACGCAUCACGAAGCGCCUGAAGCCGGAGUAUGAACAGCAAGUGCAGGGCAGCGCAUUCUAUCAGCUGUUGCUGCAGCAUGCCAUGGAGGCGGGCGAAACACAGGAUCUGUUGGCCAGUGCCGAUCUGCUGGGAAACAUUAUGCUGAGCAACAAGCAUCUGGGCAGUCAUUACGAUGAUCUCAAGCGGCUGCUACUGCAGCAAUUGCCUGCCCUCGAGCAGCGCCCAGCUGCUGCUGAGCCAGUGUUUGCGGAGUACGAGAAAGCACUGCUGGAGCAGACCUCACAGCUGGGCGAUCCACAACUGAUGAGCAUCUUUACGCUGCACAUUACCGAAGCGCAAAAGGAGCGCAGUGAGCAAAAGCAGAAAGAGCAAGAGUCCACAGAGCUGCCGCUGGUAUUGGAAGUGCUGCAGCGGUUGGAGAAUUCCAAGUCCUUGCUGCAAUCACAGCUGCUGCCGCGCUCCCUCACCCAGGUCCAUGGCGAACGCUAUGCGCUGGCCAACGUGCACGUCAUGCGCUGGUAUCGCGACGAACUCAAGCUGGUCGAACACGUGCGUUUUGUGCGCCAACUGCUGCUGCUCGAAGCUGAUUAUCUGCUGCAUCCGUUCUAUGUGGGUUUGUUUCGACAGAUCGAGGACUCCCAGGACUGGGCACGUGAAUCGUUGCUAACGCUGGAGCUAACCGAUGUGCUGGACACACAGUAUGCGUCGCAUUCCAGCCUGCUGAAGGUGAAUAUUAUCUCGCGGCUGCAGAGCCAAUCGAAUAAAGCGUAUGAGGCCUUGGAUGCCAUUCGCAUUGAGUACGCGAUGCCGACGCCACUGUGCAGCAUUAUAACGCCCGAUCAGAUGUACGACUAUAAUGCAAUUUGGCGCAUGCUGCUCAAGGUGAAGUGGGCUGCCUGGAAGUUGGCACAUAUGCGUUUCAUACGACGUGAUCGACACGAUGUAUUUGCGCCAUUGGAUUUGCUCGGCUUGACGCUGCGACGCCUAGAGAUUUUACGCUUCUGGCUGAUCAAUUUAAUCAGCAGUUUGCAUGCGCAUUUGUGUGUGGAUGCCAUCCAAUCGUUGGGCGUGCAUUUCGAGCAAUUGCUGAGCACGGCGGAGACAACGCGACAGUUGCGUCAGAUGCAUAGCGAUUACAUUAAGAGACUGUUGAAGCACUGCCUGCUUACGACCGACUUUGCGGACUUUCGCAUCGCCUUGGAGCAAGUGUUUCAUUUGAUUUUCGUGCUCGACUUGGAGUGGAAUAGCUGCUUUAGCUAUCUAAACGAAUUUCAUGCGCUCAGCCUGAACACGAGCAGCGAAACGCUGACAACCAAUGAUGGAGAUGCCGAUGAUCCUGCCGAAGGGGAUCGUGCAUCGGCCCUGGAGUAUUUGGCUCUCAAUCAGGUCAACGAGAUCGAACUUACCUAUGUACGCUGCCAUCAGAAGCUAGCCGAGAUGCUCACCUCGCUCGUCUACAAGCACGAUCACAAGUUUUUAAACUCCUUGGAGUUGGCCAUAAAUGCGAGUCUGCCAUGUUAGACAUUAAGUGAAAACGCACAGCGAAUAAAUUGUUGAAUAAUGAAUAAUAUGUAUAUAAUGUGUAAAGCAAAAUGUAAAUAUCUAAAGAGAACAUUGUUAAAAAAAAAUUGAAUGAAAC